AUGGUUCAUAAUAAAAGUCCAAUAAUGGACGAGAAACACGAUCAAACAAUAGCGAUGUUAAAUGAAGGUUAUCCACGAUCUCGGCCAACUCCUAAAACUGCAUUUGGAAAGUUUUUCCGUAUGUUACGUAAAAAUUUAUUACUGACAUUAACAAUUGCUGGAGUCUUUUUCGGCCUAUUAAUUGGUUUUAUAACUCGAUUAGCAAGCCCAUCGUCAGAACAAAUAAUGAUACUUUCAUUUCCUGGUGAUAUUUUAAUGAGAAUGCUCAAAAUGUUGAUAUUACCACUUAUAACGUCCAGUUUGAUAACAGGUCUUGCCGUCCUUGAUCCAAAAUCUAGUGGAAAAAUGGGUCUUUAUGCAUUGACAUACUAUUUUUGUACAACAGUUUUGGCAGCAAUACUAGGCAUUGUAUUAGUAUCAACAAUUAAACCGGGUGAAAGAAGUAAUGCGGCUCAAGUACGAUCGCAAAUUGUUGGUGAUGAUCCAAAAGCUGAUCAAGUGAAUACACUUGAUGCUAUACUCGAUUUAUUACGUAAUAUGUUUGCCGAAAAUAUAAUUCAAGCUGCAUUAGAACAAGUGAAAACAACAAGAGACAUGGAACUUGAAAAUGGAACAUUAUCAUCAAAUCGGGUAAAAAUAAAAUUUCACACAAGAUAUAUCGCUGGAUCUAACUUUUUAGGGAUGAUUACAUUUUGCUGUGCAUUCGGUAUUGUAAUUGGAACUUUGGGAAAACGUGGUGAGCCAAUGUUACAGUUUUUUAUCAUACUCAAUGAAAUUGUUAUGAAAUUAAUUAAACUUGUCAUGUGGUAUUCUCCUAUUGGUAUUAUGUUUCUUGUUGCUGGAAAAAUAUUAGAAAUUGAUGAUUUAGCCAAAUUAGCAAAGAGUUUGGGCAUGUAUGCUGUCACUGUAUUAGUCGGUUUAGCUAUACAUGCUCUCAUUACAUUACCACUUAUAUUUCUGGUGAUAACAAGAAAAAAUCCGUUUCUAUUUUAUAAAGGUGUAUUACAGGCGUGGCUUACGGGUAUUGGUACGGCAUCAAGUGCAGCAACAUUACCAGUAACAUUUCGAUGUCUUGAAGAAAAUUUAAAAUUAGAUCGACGUGUUACACGUUUUGUAUUGCCUAUUGGAGCAACAGUAAAUAUGGAUGGAACAGCAUUAUACGAAGCAGUGGCACCUGUUUUUCUUGCACAAUUAAUGGGUCGUACACUUGGCAUUGGUCAACUAAUUGUUGUCAGUUUAACAGCUACUGUGGCAUCUAUUGGUGCAGCUUCAAUUCCAUCUGCUGGUUUAGUUACAAUGUUACUUGUUAUGUCAGCAGUGAAUAUACCAGCUAAAGAGAUAACAAUCAUAUUUGCCAUUGACUGGGCUUUAGAUCGUGUUCGAACAUCAGUAAAUAUUCUUGGAGAUGCUAUUGGGGCCGGAAUUGUCGAUCAUUUAUGUAAAGAUGAUCUAGCACAUGAUAUUGAAGAAGGUGGACAUCAUGGAGGAGAACAAUUAAAUGAUACAAUAAGAAUAAAUAGUGCUCACGAAAUAAAUGAAACAUCAAAAUUAUAA